CGCUGCAUUUACUGGAUGCCUAUCGGAGUCUCUCCGGUCAGUUUAUUCACUCUUCUUUUCGUCUUGAUUCCUUCGUCUCUCUCUCUCUCGAGACGCCGGCGUAGAAAGCGAUGGCUUCUCUCGCCGCCCAUGUCUUCACUCCACCCAAAGCUCCCAUCACGAGCCCCGCCGCCGUCUCCUCCUCCAAAACCCCCAGACUACGAUACCAUCGCAACUACCCACCACACCGGCUCCUCUCCUUCCCCUCCCCGUCAGCCUCUGACUCCGCCGCCGGUCCCAUCGUCACCGACUCUCAUCCCCUGGCUACCGCCGCCGCCACUUCGACGGCUUUAUCCAAUUGGGUCGAGUUCGCGCGGAGAGUGUCCGGCGAAUGGGACGGCUUCGGCGUCGAGUUCACUUCCGAAGGAGCGCCUGUCGAGCUUCCGGAGAACGUCGUCCCCGGGGCCUUCCGCGAGUGGGGCGUCCAGGUCUUCGAUUGGCAGACCCAGUGCCCGACCCUCGCCCACGAACAUGGUGGCCUUUUGCUCACCUACAAGAUGAUUAAGCUUUUGCCCACCGUCGGAUGCGAGGCCGAUGCCGCCACGAGGUACAGCGUCGAGGAGAGGGUCGUCGGGGGGGAGGACAACCAGGUCUCGGCGUUUGCGUAUGAUUCUAGCGGGUCUUUCAUUGCCGUUUGUCCAAUGGAGAGUCCGGGUGGGCAGAAGGUUCUUGAAUUGGAGCACUGCUUGGUGGAUCCUCGGGAUAAGGAGGCCAGGAUAAGGGUGAUUCAGGUGGUUCUGGUGGAAGAAGGGGCGAUGUGGUUGGAGAAGAUAAGGGUAUUCUCAGAGCACUGGGAUGGGCCGUUUCGGAAUGGGGAACUGCUAGGUGGGUGCGCCAUUAGGGACUCUGCGUUCGCGACCACUGCAGUGGUGGAUGUCUCUGAGGUGGUUGGAGUUUGGCAGGGUACUUCCUUAGCCAUUGCUAGAUUGCAGAGUGAACACAAGGAUAUUUUCCAUGAACUUGUUGUGGAUUUGCCAUUCAAGACAAUUAGAGAAGUUCAUGGCCUAGUAGCACUGCCUAAGCAAUUAUGGUCCUUGUCUGGUGAAAAUAAAGAUGGUGAAACUCGGUGGGAAGUCGGAUGGUUGUUAGAUCAUGGAAAUGCCAUAACAUCCAGAUGUGUCUUCCUUAAUAAUGGAAUGCUGAAGGAGAUAGCAAUCGGUCGUGAAACUGCAGUUUCCAAGGAUAUUUGAAUUGUAAGAUCAAGGUUGUCUGUUCUUAUAUCCUAUUCCUUGUAAUGUUUUGGUUGUAUAUAUUUAACUAUAUUUAUAUAGUUUGAGAAGUAACUCACCAAAUCUUGCAGUAUGUAUGGCCUUAUGUUCAAGUUCUGAAAUGAAAUCCACAUCCUUAGCUUUCGUA